AUGUUUCCAAGACUACUCCGAGCGAUGAGCACUGCCGCACCAACAGCGACAGCGGCUGCCGAGGCCGCCAAGCCGACAGGUCUCGUCAUGCAGAUCAUCCUCCGAAGAGACCUCGUCACAAACUGGCCUCUCGGACCCAUGAUGGCGCAGGCUGCGCACGCUGCAACGGCAGUUCAGCACCUCUACGCCGACCACCCCGACAUGAAGCGGUAUCUCGCCGGCGACGAUGGGCGGGGGUACGAGGUUAUGCGCAAGGCGGUCCUCGAGGUUCCGGACGAGAAGGCACUGCGGGGACUCAGCGAGGCGCUUGCGAAGGCCGAGAUUCCGCAUCACCUUUGGGUUGAGGAACCUGAGCACGAGCCGACAGCACUGGCGAUCAUCCCAAACAAGCGGCCGAAAUCGCUCAAGAAGAUCCUCGACGCAGCGGGCUGCUCGCUCUGGAAGUGA